AUGACUGUCUCUGCUGAAUCCAAGCCGCAAAUCCCCCGAGUCUCUGUUGACAGUGAUCUGACCCAGGUAAAGGAUAUUCUUGAAGAGCAUGGAACCGUGAUUGUGGAGAGUUUGGUGCCCCGCGAUGUCGUUGACCGGCUGAAUAAAGAUUUGGACCCUUUGGUUGAGGCCCAUCCUGGGGGUCUCGAGAGCGAGGCGUUCCCCAAAGCCCGGCUGCCUGUCUCCACGAAAUGGCUCCAAUUCCUCACUGCAACUUGCAAAACAUUUCGAGAGGACAUCCUCAAUAACUCGGCUAUACAUACUAUAUGCGAGGACGUCUUCGAGCCCCUGGGUGAUUAUUGGUUGAUAUCAGGAACCGCGAUGGAUAUGGCUCCCGGUUGUGCGGGCCAGCCACUGCACCGAGACGACGUUUCGCACCCGAUCAUCCGGCACCUGGGACCUGAGGCCCCAAUUACAGUGGUUGCGUUUUUGAUCGCCUUGACUCCCUUCACCGCGGAGAACGGUUCCACCAGGGUCAUCCUGGGCAGCCAUAAAUGGCCCACGCUCGGUCGGCCCAACGAAGACGAUACGGUCAGGGCGGUAAUGAAUCCAGGAGAUGCAAUCCUUAUUACCGGGCGGAUUGUCCAUGGGGGAAGUCGAGACACUACAGGAACCCCUCGACGACUCCUCAGCUUGGGAAUGGGCAUCUCUCAAUUGACUCCAUACGAGGCGCAUUCGGCGCUGCCCCGCAAAGUCAUUGAGAGUAUGACCCCGGUAGCUCAGCGAAUGGUGGGCUGGAGGAGCCUGCGUCCGGCAUUCCCGAACGUGAUCGGGCUUCAGACAGUGCGGAUGGAGCCCAUGGAGGACUACUUGGAGUUGAAGUCGGAGCAGCCGCUUGAAGAGGGGGCAUAA